AUGUCGUCUUCUGCGCGUAAACGCCCUCGCGCCGAGGUCGAGGACAACAAGGCCGAUUGUCCUUUCACCAUCACCUACGCCGAACCCGACUCCAAAUCGCAAAAGAAAUCCAAGAGGAGAAGGAAGCAGGAGCCGGAAGAAGACGACCCGAAGAAGAGCACGAAGCAACUCUCUCCCUUCUCCCCGUCCGGCGACUUCAACGGCAAGAGCGCCCAAGACGUUCUGGACCUGGAGUAUAACGUCCACCCGCAGAAGAAAUGGCUGGAUAUGACAAGGUACAAUAGCUUUGUCCUGAACGGCACCAAGUACUUCAGCGAGGGUUUCAUAUACGUCGCAAACGACCAGACUGUCCAGCGCCAAAAGGCCGCGGCUGAGGGUGUCACGGACGGUGAUGGCCCGCUGAAGAGAUCGAAAUCCGAUGACGAUUGGGUUGCACGCAUCCUGGAGAUUCGCGCCAGCGACGAACACCACGUGUACGCACGCAUCUACUGGAUGUACUGGCCAGAGGAGCUCCCGGAAGGCACCAUGGAGGGCAAGAGGUAUUCCGGUGGCCGACAACCCUAUCACGGGCACAACGAGCUCAUUGCCUCGAACCACAUGGAUAUCAUCAACGUCGUGAGUGUGACGUUGCCUGCAAAUGUCAAGCAAUGGAUCGAGGAGAACGACGACGAAAUACAAGAGGCGCUCUACUGGCGCCAGGCCUUUGACUGCCGAACCCAGCAACUCUCGUCCGUCGAACGCACCUGCAAAUGUGAACAGCCAGCGAACCCCGAUAAGAUCCUCGUCGGAUGCUCCAAUAAGGAAUGUGGCAAGUGGCUUCAUGCACAAUGUCUCCUGGACGCUGCCCUCAUGCGAACCUACGAGCGACUCGGCAAGGACAAGCCGCAUCUCACCGAGAAGCCACCGAUCGAUGGAACCGCAUCUGUUGCGGAGAGCGAGAAAGAGGUGGAAGUAAAGGACGAAAAGAAGCUGGACGACGGCGUCACUGGUCCCCUUAGUCCGACGGAAAGCGGCACUGAGGUAAAGCAAACGAUCGAUGCAAAGCCCGGCGAUGCGCCCGACGAAUCGAACGGCCAAUCUGUUACGGAGGGAACCCCUGCUAUUGCCGAAGAGCGUGGAUCGCAGCAGCCCACAACUCCCGCGACGCCUUCAGUGCCUGAAGCCCCGGUAGUGUCGACAAAGAAGGUCAAAUCCAGCAAGAAGAAGAACGGCUUAACAGAGGCGAAGCCGUACGAGGGGUUGUUCGACGCCAAGCUGCUGAUGGACACGAACUUGUCCAAGAUUGAGAUCAGGGACCUACGCGAAAACGUCACUGAAGGCGACAAAGUCUGGACAGAGCCCUUGCUUUGCAUGGUCUGCGGGAUUGGAAUCAAUUGA